AUGGCAAUCAUGGAGUACAUCCAACGGCUGGAACGAUUCAAGUUUUUCCAGCACUCUUUCAAGAAUCCUUCGGAGUUUUACACAAGUUUGGUCGAGAUUCCUAACAAAGUAGCCAGAGUGGCGGGCUUGAAUAUUUUCAGCAAAGAUUACAAAGUGUUUUCCUGGAAUUUGGCUUGUUUGCUGACGGUUUUUGUGGUUUACGGAAUCGUGACGCCGUUCACAAUUUACGAAGUGCGUCACAAUGUGGAUGAUCUGAUCUAUUGUCUUGUGACGGUUGGAAUCGGCAUCCAGGGGGUCAUGAAAAUGAUAACAUUUCUGGUUUAUCGCAAGGAAUUGAUUUGGACCCAGGAGUACACCCAGAGGAUCUACCAAGAAGAAAGCCACACACACAAGCAAGUUCUAAUGGGUCAAGUUUCACUGUUGAAUGUUAUGACGAAGAUUAUUAUUGCAAGUUAUAUUUAUUUGGGCUUUCUACUAGCGAUGGGACCAUUUUUGUACUCGUUGAUGGCUGGGAAGAAGGCCCUCUCAUUUGGAUUUUGGAUCCCAUACCUUGAUCGUUUUUCGUGGCCUGGAUAUCUGUGUAACGUCGUGAUGCAAGUCAUAAUGACACUGUUCAUAUGUUCGGAAAACUUGGGAGCAGAUGUUUUACAUUUUAUGACAAUGAUGAGCUCGCGGACCCAAGUUGAUAUGCUGAUGAUCAAACUACGGAGCAUCAAAAGUAGUGACUUGGACAUGCGAGAUAAGCUUAAGGAAAUUAUAAUUCGUCAUCAGGAACAUCUUGAAUUUGUGGCCACAGUAGAAAUGAUCUACAGAAGUUUCUUUUUCGUGAUUUUUUCAACUCUUGGAGCAACUCUUUGCUUAUCCCUCUACGCAGUUGCAACGCUUGGUUGGGUUGCAGGUUGCAUUCCGUGCAUGUUCAUCAUUUAUGAGAUGUUCGUCUAUUGCUUUCUAGCAACCAUUCUGGAAACGAAGGAGGACGAAUUACAACAAGAAAUUUACAAGGUUCCAUGGUAUCAGCUGUCUAUUUCCGACCAAAAAUCACUUCGUAUCGUUCUUGGAGCAACACAACAACCCGUCUGCUUAACCCUAAUUUUCUACCCUCUGAGUAUGCCAACCUUCGUAGAUGUAAUGAAAACAAUUUACAGCUACCUUACAUUGUUGCUAACCUUUAGCAAAGCUUAGUUAUAGAAACAUGCUCUCUUCUUGGUUUAUAUUUGCACUCAAAAAAUUUAAUGAAAAGUCAUCGAUCAUCCCACAAUUAGGAUACAUUAUUCCUAACAUGAAUUUAAUUGUUAAGAUCAACUAUAACAAAGAUUUAUACGGUACUACCGCUUACAAGGCGAAAGCGUUGCCACUACAUGGCGUGGUUUUUAUUUAAUCAAUUUAGAAGAUCUGUACAUUAUUGUUUCCCAAUCAUUGAAAUUGUUUCCCAAGAAAAAUCUCGCAUAGCAGUGCUUUAUCUAAAAUAAUUCUCUCCCUUAUAAAGAGAAAGAGUCUUAUCACAAAACAUCUGUUUUCCCCAUCAAGAACUAGAGCAAUCAAAAUGUCGUCUCGUAACCGAAGAAAAGAAAAGGGAAGCCGCACUUCAUUUUGAGUAUAGGUAGUACCAAAACUUAUUCAGACAUGGCAUUUGUUUCACAUUCACCGCUAUCGCGCAGCCCUUGAAGAAACGAAGAAAAAACAAAACCAAAGGAAAAGCCCUCAAUUGGCUUUCCAGCAGACUGGGCCAGAAAUAGCGAGCAAUUUACAGGGAAAGAGCUUUUCACACCCCCACAAACUUAUCCUUUACGGCACCCCACAAACAACAAUAAAUCUAAUCCAAUAAAUCCAAUCGUCACUUCAGGUUCAUUAUUGUUCAAUAACUCGAAGCCAGUUUCGCCCACCCUCGGCAAAGUGUUUAUGAAGUGGAGUCUAUUAUGCGAACGACUUUUAUACUUUACCUACCUCCCUUCGGUGUGUUGAGAAACUUUGCAUAAAAGGAAAACGAGGGAAAGUGUGUGUGUGAGUCUUCGUCGUCACCUUUUUUCUUCUUUUUGUUCCACUUCCUGUUUCAGCUUCCGGCGACGACGACGACGCCACCACUUGCGACAGCAACGCUGCGGCUGGUAACCCUCGAAUAGCUUGACUAGUUAAAUAUUUGUUUAUUCUGAAAAUCAA